GACAUUGGGCAAUGCUAAACCACCAGCAGUUAAACAAGCCUAAUAAUGCGCGUGGCCACAGGAAUGCCAUCGAUGAGGAGAGAUUUUUUGGCACGUUUUACAUGGUUUACGCAUGGCGAAGGUGACAUUACAUGAUAUUGAUGCCGAAACUGCCCCCAAAGAGCGUCAUCACCGAACACGAUCGGCAAAGAGGAAGCGUCCAAAAAUUUUCGGGUCAUGUGUUGAGAGUUUUGCUCGUCGAUAAAGAGAAGUCCAGCGCUCGAUAAAUCUUCAAUCUGUGCACAAAGGUGUGCGAGAGAAGGUGUUUAGAGGUAAACUUUUCCAACUGCACAGUAGUGGCAGUUGCUCGUUGACGGUGCUUUGAACAGCAUGCUUUCUACCAAAGCUCACUAGCAUAGUUGUGUGAGCACAGAAAGCUUCUCUCUUGCAUUAAAACUCCCUAAAUCCACAUCCCGGUAAUUAUUCAAUACGAUCAACUAAUUGAGUUGGAGAGAAGUAAGUCAAGUGUGUUACCUGGUGAAAUAAGAAUAAAUUUUUUGGGCAUGAUGUGCGUCAUCUGUAUUAAAGUGCAAAUAAAGAAGAUUCCGGAGAAGGAACUUCCCCUGGAUUGUGAGUGAAAAUCAGCACAAGUGUGUGGAAAACUUGGUGGAAAAAUUAUUGUUUGCGUGUUGGUAAAAAGAGAAUCUAUCUGUGAGAUAUUUGUGAGAAAAUUCAUCACAAUAGAAAAUAUAAAUUGCAAUAAAAAAUUUGCAAUUUGCGCUCGAAACAAACUGCGGCACUCUUAAAAAAUAAUUUAUUUUGGAAUUUGUGUUCUUAGCACUUUUCGCAGUUAUUUGUGAGACUUUGAACACUAACCAUGGUAUCUGGAGCUGUUUCGAAAAUCCUGAGUUUAUCUCUCGGGAAAUUUCCUGUUCGCCUAAAUGUGGGAGUGAUGCUAUUCCUCACCACCAUGAUCAACUAUAUGCUGCGUGUCAAUUUUUCCAUUCUUUAUUUAGCAAUGGUGAACACAACAGCUGAUGCAUCCGAUUAUGGUCCUCGAUAUGAUUGGAACAAAAGCGAGCAAGGAUUGCUUCUUGGUGCAUACUUCUGGGGCUAUCUCAUAUCAGCCAUUCCAGGAGCGUUGCUGGCGGAACGUUACGGCGGAAAAACAAUCACAACAAUAAUUCAUCUGCUAAGCACAAUUCUAACUGCCCUAGGACCACUUUUAGCUGGCUGUGGAUUCGUCCCCAUGUACAUGUGCAGACUGUUAACUGGAUUGUUUGCUGGUCCUCAAUAUCCUGCUCUACACAAUCUAAUUGCAAAAUGGGCUCCUCCAGAGGAAAAAGGGAAAUUUAUUGCGGCACUUUUAGGAGGAACGUUUGGCACGGUGGUUACCUGGCCAUUGAUGGGUGUUGUGAUUGAAAAUCUAGGAUGGAAAUUUGGAUUUUACAUACCAGCAUUUUUGAAUGGAGUAAUUGGCAUAAUGUGGUACUUUAUCGUAUCAAAUGAUCCUCAAUCGCAUACGUGGAUUUCGCAACCAGAGAAGGAAUUCAUUGAGAAAUCUCUGGGAUCCGCAGUGUCGAAGGAAAAGCCUCCAACACCAUUUAUAAAGAUUUUAACUUCCGUCCCCUACAUUGCACUCAUAUGUCUUCACUUUGGCAACUUGUGGGGCAUGUUCUUCCUCAUGACAGCAACUCCGAAAUUCAUGAAUGAAACACUUAACUUCAAUUUGGGAAAAGCUGGAAUUCUUGCGGCACUCCCCUAUUUGGGACGUCUUAUUUUUGGCCUAAUCUUCGGUUCCGUGGGAGAUGUUGUGCGAAAAAGGGAAAUGCUUAGCAUUACAGCCAUGCGAAAAUCUUUCACAAUAUUCUCUCACAUAUUACCGGGAAUUUUUCUAGCGUCUCUGUGCUUCGUGGAACAUCCAUAUGCUUGUGUUGCAAUUAUUACAAUUUCAUUGGCCUUCAAUGGGUCUUCUUGUUUAACAAAUUUGCAAAAUUCACAUGAUUUAGCACCGAAUUUCGCUGGCCUUUUGUAUGGCAUAAUGAAUGCCAUUGGAACGAGCGCAGGUUUCGUUUCUCCUAUUGUAGUCGCUUACUUCACAGAAGACGGGAACGAAAUGUCCAAUUGGUGCAAAAUAUUUAUAAUUGGAGCAGUGUUUUAUAUUACACCAGCACUCAUUUUUAUGAUCUUCGGUUCGGGAAACAUACAACCAUGGAAUGAAGUACAGAAAUUGGAGCCAGAGAAAGAGGCAGAGGCAAAAACGGAACAAAUCCAGGAGGGAGAGAAAAAUGUUUAGGCUGUUUUGAUUCGGAAUGAAUUUUUUUAAUUGUAUUUGUGAUAAAAUGCAUCAGGUGAACAUCAGGGUUCGAUACUGCAAAUCUUGCAAAAAUAAAGAACAAAAUAUUUAAGAAAAAAAAA